GCAGGUGUAACCUUUGAGUCGUGGUUUAAGAAGUAUGAAGAUUUGUUUUAUAUUGAUCUUUGCAAACUGGAUGAUGCUUCAAAAGUCAGAAUACUUCUUAGAAAACUUGGGACUAUAGAACAUGAACGCUAUAGCAAUUUCAUCCUUCCGAAGAAUCCAAGAGAUUUUUUUUGAUGCAACGAUUGAAAUUUUGUCGCAAAUCUUUACUGAACAGUCAUCCUUGUUUAAUAUUCACUAUCAAUGUCUCAGGAUGACAAAAGCAGGUGAUGAUGACUGGGUUAAGCAUGCGGGUUUAGUAAACCGUGAAUGUGAGCGCUUCAAACUAUCAGCAAUGACAGAAGACCAGUUUAAGUGUCUCGUGUUUGUGUGCAGCCUACAAUCUCCCGAAGACGCCGAUAUUAGAACCAGAAUUUUGAGUAAAAUUGAACAAUGUCCGAACAUGACACUACAAGAAGUAACCACAGUGUCAGAGAUUGGUAAACCUAAAGCAUGACACUUCGAUGGUCGAAAAUAAUGGCCAGUUGCCAUACGCUCAUGCUGUAAGCGGGAAGAACAGUUCUUGCUCAAGAAAGGUAUCGCACACAGGCAAUCAGCCUUCAUCUCCAUGUUGGUCUUGUGAGGGUUGACAUUAUAAAAGGUUCUGCCCAUAUAAGAAAAAUUGUUGUAGCAAUUGUCAUCGGAAGGGACAUAAAGAAAACUGCUACAGAAAAAAACCCAUGAACGACAUUCUUUGAAGCCCUACUCGAAGAAAUACAGAUAUGGUGCUCCAACCAACAAGAUAUUGGUAUCACAUAACACAGCACGAAGUUGCCACCAAAGAAAGUAUGUGACCUUGAAUAUUAAUAAACACCGUACCCGCCUUCAGCUGGACACAGCUUCUGAUAUUACUUUAAUCAGCCCAGAAACAUGGAAGAACAUUGGGAGACCCACAGUUUUCCCAACAACACAGCUGGCACACAGUGCAUCUGAGGGGAAGUUGAAUAUUGUUGGAGAAGUGCCAUGCACUGUUUAUAAAGGUACUGUAACAACAAAUGCAACAUUGUAUCUUACUAAGAAGCCAGCACUAGACUUAAUGGGUUUGGACCUUAUAGAAACACUUAAACUAGCAGAUCAUUCUAUCAACAGUAUCUGCAGACGAGUAAGUACAGACAACACCCCAGAAUGGAAUCAGAAAAACGCCAUGCUACAAAGACACCAAAACGUGUUUAGAGAAGGAUUGGGAGAAUGUACGAAGGCAAAAGCACUGUUAACUCUAAAGCCUGCAGCUACUCCCGUUUUUCGACCUAGGAGACCCGUACCACAUGCUGCUCUACCAGUGGUUGAACAAGAACUAGAACGACUUCAGAAACUAGGUGUCAUUGAACCAGUGAAUUUCUCAGAAUGGGCCGCACCGAUAGUAGUAGUAAAGAAGACUAAUGGUAGCGUUCGCCUAUGUGCCGAUUACUCAACCGGGUCGAAUGAAGCCUUAGAAACUCAUCAGUAUCCAUUACCCUUACCUGAAGAUCUUUUUGCUAAACUGAACGGAGGUAAGCUUUUUGCAAAGUUGGAUUUAUCAGAAGCUUAUUUACAAAUCCCUGUUCCUGACGAGUCUAAAAACCUGCUUACUAUAAACACACACAAGGGUCUAUUCCGGUAUAAUCGAUUACCCUUCGGAGUCAAGACGGCCCCAUCCAUAUUUCAGCAAAUAAUGGAUACUAUGCUACAAGAUGUUUCAGGUGCUGCAGCUUACCUAGAUGAUAUAAUAAUUAUGGGAGUAGAUAGAGUAGACUUAGAAAAGAAGCUUGACCAGGUGCUGACGCGAAUAGCCGAAUAUGGACUUUGACUUCGUCCAGAGAAAUGUGACUUCUGUAUGCAAAAAGUACGCUACCUUGGGUUUAUAAUCGACAAAGAUGGAAGAAGACCAGAUCCGGAGAAUACCCAGGCAGUGAAAACUAUGCCCAGACCGACGGAUGUCCCCACACUACGAUCCUUCUUGGGACUAGUUAGCCAUUAUGGAGCUUUUAUUCCAAACCUUCAUCAAUUACGUGCCCCCCUGAAUAACCUUCUGGUGAAGAAUGUAAAAUGGAGUUGGUCUGCAACUUGCCAAGCCGCUUUCGAUGAAAUCAAGAAAGUACUAGUCUCGGAACUGCUGCUCACCCAUUACGAUCCAUCCUUACCCAUUGUAGUGGCAUCAGACGCUUCAAACUACGGCAUUGGAGCAGUUAUUUCUCACAUCAUGCCAGAUGGAUCCGAGAAAGCGAUAUCACAUGCGGCUAGAUCGUUAACGUCAGCAGAACGUAACUAUAGUCAGAUCGAGAAGGAAGCAUUGUCGAUUAUCUUUGCUGUCAAGAAAUUUCACAAGAUGUUAUUUGGACGUCAGUUCACCCUAUUAACUGACCAUCAACCAUUACUAACCAUCUUUGGGUCGAAGAAAGGUAUACCUGUAUACACCGCAAACAGACUGCAACGUUGGGGAACUACACUCUUGGGUUAUGACUUCAAGAUCAAGUACCAGCCCACUACUGAUUUUGGACAAGCUGACGCUUUAUCUAGACUGAUUGGUUCACAAGUAAAACAGAAAGAAGACACUUUGGUGGCAGCAAUCGAGACGGAAACAGAAGUACAUCGAGUUUUGGAAGACGCAGUUGAUGGUUUACCGGUUACUUUCAAGGCCAUCAAAGAAGCCACGGAAAAUGACAAGACUUUAAGAGAGGUUAGUGGUUAUCUUCUCACCAAGUGGCCGAACCGUCGUUUUCAAGGAGAAAUGCUACAAUAUUUUCGCCGACGGGACUCACUUAUGACGGUCGACUCAUGUAUUAUGUUUGGUGACAGAAUUAUUGUUCCAAAAGCAUUACGCUACAAGGUUCUGAAACAAUUCCACAGCGGUCAUCCUGGUAUCAAUAAGAUGAAAGCAUUGGCUCGAAGCUACUCAUACUGGCCUACGAUGGAUCAAGAUAUCGAAAACAGAUGCCGCAAUUGUUCAUCGUGCCUACAAGCAGCCAAACGUCCAAGCAAGUGUGAACCGCAACAUUGGGAAAAGCCGAAUAUUCCCUGGGAGAGGCUGCAUACAGAUUUCGCCGGUCCAAUACGAGGAAGAAUGUAUCUGAUCAUAGUAGACGCGCUCACAAAAUGGCCACAAAUCUACGCCAUGGUGAAUUGCACAGCCAGUGAAACAAUCAGCAAAUUAUCCGACCUGUUUGGCUGCUUUGGAGUUCCGCAGACGUUAGUGACCGAUAACGGCUCACAAUUCACUGCAGAAUCAUUCAAGCACUUCUGCAACGUUAAUGGCAUUGUGCACAUACGAUCUCCCCCGUAUCACCCUCAAUCGAAUGGCCAGGCAGAGCGCUUCGUGGAUACAUUGAAAAGAACACUUCUGAAAGGGGGAGGAGAAGGGACAACCGGGCAGGUGAUCGCAAAAUUUUUAACAUCCUACAGAUCAACUCCGAACCCGAAUGUUCCAGACGGCAAAUCUCCCGCGGAAGCCAUGUUUGGAAGGCGCAUUCGAACCAUCUUCGAUGCCAUGUUGCCAUUCAAAUUAGUGGAUGAGCACAGUCACGGUCCAAGUAUCCGAAACUUCAGUGUUGGCGACAAAGUUUACAUUAAAUCCUACAUCGGGAAGAACCGAUGGGAGCCGGGCGAAGUUGUGCAAAAACUGGGAAGAGUACUGUACAGAGUUCGAGGAGCUUUUGGGACAUGUAUACGUUACACAAAUCAAAUCAUUAAGGACAAAAGAACGGUGCAGACUAAAAGUAACCGGCCGAUUUUCCCGUUAGAUUUAAUCUUAGACGCACGAAUGCCACAAACGCUCAGGAACAUUGAAAAGAUGCCUUGGACAAGGAAAACGACAAGAACAAUGGGACGUCGUCGCAACCCAGUUAUCAAACUACAAGUAGAUCCCAGAAACAAAUCUUAUUCCGGGAAGGUGUUGGGUCGGCUUCCGGAGAACUUCAACGGAGCCUCCAGAGGCCCAAAAAGGAGCCGAAGGGCCCUAGCCAAUCAGAGUAUGAUGGAACGUUCGAGAAUUCCAGCAUGGCGUGCUACCAUUGGUCGGUAGCAUAAUAUGACGUUAACGGAUUGGCUGAAAUAUGAUGUUGAUUUAACAGACGCCAACAUCUAUAAAUACCCUUGAUUUUCUGUACUAGAAUGAACCUUGGGAUAAAGUGUUUUCUCCCAUACUAGUGUCUUCUCUCUGGAGUUCAAGUCGCUGUGUAGCUUUAGUCUGCGGGUUACGGGAAUAGCUUAGGAAUCGUAUAUAGCGUUCAACCUACACGAAUUAUCACUGCGUAAUUUCGAGGGGUAUAGAGAGAAGUGCCACCGGUCAAUAGCUUGAAGGUUGGCUGAGUCAGCCUCCUCUAAAAACUGAUGUGAUGUGAUCCAGAUUCCGAAUUUCCGGUAAUGUACCACGGCUUAGUGAGUGUGGGAACAGCACUCUAAGCGGUGUUUUCAAGAUUGAAGCUGAUUCCUCCAGUAUAGCUGAAUGAACCAUAUAUGGACCAGGAGAAGGGCCUUGUUCUAGAUGCUGCAGCUUCCGGUUCACCAAUGAAAGUCCCGUAGAGUUGUAGGUGAAGAUUUUAUCGAUAUGGUUAGUGUGAGUCGGUUGAAGUGUUCAAGAGUACUGUUUAGCCAGAAGGUAAGCGGCCUCACUGUCGUUCUUAGUCGGGAUAUUAGGACCUAGCAGUUGGAGAACCCCAGUUUUGGAAUGUCGAGAAGAAAGACACUAUAUGCUGGCGAGUACUGUAAAAAAUUAGUCUAGGCGUUUGACCCACACUCCACGAACUAUAUGGGAAACCACUUUUUAAUGGAACGAAGAAGAGGUUGACCGUUUUAAAACUAGCUUUCCGCAUAGCACGCUUCCCGAAUCUGAUGUAACCUCGGUGACCUCUUACCGUUAACUGAAAAUAUCCAGUUUUCAUUCCAGAUUGGAAUAUUUGUUCACCCGUAAGAAUAGAAGCUGUGUCUUCGCUUACUGAUAAACAACCACAAUUACAAAUCUGACAUAAUCAUCUCAUGUUAAAGCACUGUAUAAUAUGUUUGGCAAUCUCUAUCAACUGCUAUCUUCCUAAUUGCUUCAGCUGCAACAUACACAUACUAAUUCACUUGUAAACACAGGACUUAUAAAGAAGUUACAGGAUCUCGAAUUUGUUUGCCAGGACAGUUCAAGCCCCUACUCACUAUUUUUCGGUUUGGAAAUUUACGCUGCGUGUGUUUCCAACUUAGGUUGCUUCAAAUUUAAUAUUUUUUUAAUAUCCAUAACAAUAAGGUUGAAAAGGGCUCCAUCGAAAGAUCCCACCGCCAAAUGAAAAGCUCGCUGAUGUUUACGGCUGAUGUGGUAAAAGCGAAUGACGCCUUGCCACUUACCCCUCCCUGAGAUUCAUUCCAGCAUCAAAGAUGUCGGCUGCACAUUAGCUGGGCUAAUCUACUUCACAACUCUGGUCUUACCAUGGCAACUGGUCAACCUUGGUGAUAAAAUACAGAUCGAUCCAGCACGUUUUUUAAGUUGUUUAUUGCAGAUCAUCGGCCAUAUUAAAAUAACGCCAACAUGUGAAAAUAGUCGCUAGGCACAGUUGGAUAUACAUUCACAAACGUGCAAUUUCAUUUUUGUCGUUGUCAAUGCAGUUAGGAGACCACUGAAUUAACUGUAUGAAGGAACUUACUGAGUCAUUAAACGAUCAGCAAAAUAUUCCACCAUUUAUAAAAACGGAAAGAGGAUAGUUAUCUUUAUAAACAGAGCAAAACCUGCUUUCUCAAACGACCAACAUGAGCAGGCAAAUAUUAUUUUAGACAAACAACCUCAAUCGCUCAUUACAUCUGGUUAGGGGAACAACCAAAUAAUAUUCAUACAUUCUCAAAACGUCCGGACGGGCAAUUAGUAAACCUGCACAUUAUGUACAUUUUGCGCAUCAACAUCAAUUAAAGAUGAUAACUGAAAAAAAUCGACUCUCUUGGUUAGUUUUAUACCAGUGUGACCUCCAGACAAUCUGGGUGGAGAUAUGUGGAGAAAUUUGACACAAAUCCAUUUUGUAACAUUUGCUAUCAUUGAAAUUUUUUGCAUAGUCUCAUGUACUUUUUAUGAUUCAUUGUAUACAUCCAUAUUUACCAACUGUCCCUAGGCUUUUUGCAAUAUCUAUAAGUAUUUUGGUAUAAUUACAUCUGUUCUGCCACAUGUUUCACUGAUAACGGCUGUGUCAAUAACCAUCGGUGUACUUAUUACUUUUAAUACGGACACAACAAGACAUGUAAGCAUGGGAAUCCCAGUCUGAUUUAAACACCGAUGAAGCUACCAAUUGUUGCAUGUGCCUCAGCUGCUAUUGACAGCAAGGAGGGAAAAUGGCAACAGAAUCGGAAGCACAAACCUCGAACGAAACUCCCAAUUUUUAUUCAAAAUCCCAGUGUCGGAUCAUAGAUUACUAGAAAGCAGGGAAGUCUUUGACAGCAAACGCAGUGGCGAGGACUGAACAGUACUUAGAAUUGAUAACAUUCUAGCAAGAAAGUCCUUCACGUAUAGGGGUUAGAAUCAGGUGAAACGUAAUCUCCGUCUCUGAGAGCAAUCUUAGACUUAGCACACGUUACGGGAGAAAAUUACUGACGAAUCCAAGAUCAUUGGUCAAACGGUCCUCUCCAGUUACGGUCACGCACGACAAAUCGCGGGCCAUGAGAGAUGCCGUUGGAACCCCCCAGGUACUCGCCUGUGAUCGGAGGUGGUGGCCCGGAUGGAGCUCAUAGUAGCGGUACGCAACAAUGCCAUAGGUUUUAACGGGACCUAGGACUCCGUAGACGCCCAACUUCCAGAUAGGCAUGCUGGAUUCCGCAAGGAUCGAUCGUGUACUGACCGAAUCUCAACACUACGGAUCAUUGUGGAACAAUUAAUUGAAUGGAAUUCUCCACUCUACAUCAACUCCAUUGACUACGAGAAAGCAUUCGAUAGCAUGGACAGGACAACGCUAUGGAGGCUUCCUUAAUAAUAUGGUGUGCCUGAGAAGAUAGUCAACAACAUACGGAAUUCUCACGAUGGAUUAAACUUCGAAACUGUGUAUGGAGGACAACUGACAUACUCGUUCGAAGUAAUGACCGGUAUCAGGCAAGGUUACUUACUCCCACUCUUUCUCUUUCUCAUAGCGAUUGGCGAGAUCAUGAAACCGUCAACAUCUUAGGGCGGGGAGCAUGGGAUACACUGUAUAGCUAAGAUUCAGCUGGACGAUGUAGACUUUGCAGAUGAUCUGGCUCGUCUAUUGCACACGCAACAAUCAGUACAGGAGAUGACCAGGGUAGCAGCAGGCCUCAACAUACACAAAGGGCAAAGCAAGAUUCGCCGAUACAACACAGCAUGCACCUAUCCGAUCACACUUAACAGAAAAGCUCUGGAAGAUGUAAAAAUCUUUACAUAUCUGGGCAGCAUCAUUGACGAACAUGGUGGACCUGAUGCAGACGUGAAGGCGUAGAUAGGCAAAGUAUGAGCAGUACGUCUACAAAUGAAGCACAUCUAGAACUAAAAAUAUCUGUCAACCAACACCAAGGUCAGAAUUUUCAAUACAAGUGUCAAAACAGUUCUACUGUAUGAGGCGCAAACUUGAAGAACUCCGAAAGCCAUCAUCCAGAAGAUACAAGUGUUUAUUAACAGUUGUCUGCGAAAACUACUUCGGAUUCGUUGGUCAAACAAUAUCAGCAACAAUCUACCGUGGAAGAGAACAAACCAGAUCAUACUGGACGAGGAAAUCAGGAAGAAGAGCUGGAAGUGGAUAGGACACACAUUGAGGAAAGCACCAAACUGCAUCACAAGACAAACCUUCAUUUGGAAUCCUCUAUACCGAAGGAAAAGAGGAGCACCAAAGAACACAUUACGCUAAGAAAUGAAAGCAGACAUGAGAAGAAUGAACAACAAUUGUGUAGAUGUAGAGGAGAAGGUUCAGAGAAUGAAUAACCAAGUUUUUAAAAAGUUGGAUUAAUUUUGACUUUUUUAUUUAUUCUCUGAAGAAGUGGCCUGUACUAGGUCACGAAACGUCAAAAAUACUAUUUCGCUAAUCAUUGG